GGGCAAAUCAUAUGUUUUCACAUGACAUUUCUCUCUAUAAAAACAGAACUUUGCAACUCCUGCGUUCUGUGUGUUCUGUUCAAAGUUAGAAAAUACUUUUCCUAACAUUUAUUAAUUAAAGUCAGGACGCCCAGCCAUGAUUUUCCAACGAAUUCACAUGUUGCGCCACACAAGUGGCCUCAAGCAUUUAAAUUUACAUAGUAAGUUUACAUCACCCACUGCGUCUUCGUUAUAUUCAAACUCGAGAGAUUUCCAUGUGGAUAUAAGUGGAAACAAAAAAUGGCAACAAUCUCACACAACCAAGUUACCAAUGAUGGCAUUGUCCAUGCCAACAUUAGGUGUCCGAUUUGCCAGUGCAGAAGCAGCAAGUGAGACGACUGGAAAGACUAUCGUUAAUUUGGCUGAUAUUCCAGCUGCACCAGCAGUUCCAGAAAAUGUCGGCGAAUUGGCUGGUCCUGUUCUAAAUGCUUUGGGUGAACCUUCAUUCGCUUCAAUUGGUUUGGGAGGUUGGUCACCGGUUGGUCUAGUGCAAAAUUGUAUGGAGUUCUUGCAUGUCACUUGGGAUUUGCCUUGGUGGGGCGCUAUUGCAAUUGGCACUGUUGUAGUACGUACCAUAAUUUUCCCCUUGGUCAUUAUGGCUCAACGCAAUGCUGCCAAAAUGAACAAUAAUAUGCCGCAAAUGCAGUUGUUGCAAAUGAAAAUGACCGAAGCUCGACAAUCUGGCAAUGCCAUCGAUUCCGCACGCUAUGCCCAGGAAAUGAUGGCAUUCAUGAAGGAGAAAGAGUUAAAUCCGUUGAAGAAUCUUAUUGUCCCUUUGGCUCAAGCACCUCUUUUCAUUUCAUUCUUUAUGGGCUUGAGAGGAAUGGCAAAUGCGCCAGUAGAAUCAAUGAGAGAUGGUGGUCUCUUCUGGUUUACUGAUUUAACAAUUGCAGAUCCUACAUUUAUGUUACCCGUCAUAACAAGUUUAACCCUGCUUCUAACCGUCGAAAUUGGUACAGAUAGUGCCAGAUUAUCGGCACAGAAUAUGGGCAUGAUGAAAUAUGUUUUGCGCGCUUUGCCACUUGUAAUUUUCCCCUUUACAAUGAAUUUCCCGGCAGCUAUUUUGACAUAUUGGGCAUGCAGCAAUUUCAUUUCAUUGGGACAGGUUGCUGUUUUGAAAAUACCUGCAGUGAGAGAGUACUUUAAAAUCGACAAAAUGAUAACACACAAAGCCGAAAACUUGCCAGUCAAGAAAAAGAAGUUUGUAGAAGGCAUGAAAGAUUCAUGGCAAAAUAUGAAGAUUACCAAAGAAUUGGAGGAACGUUCACGAUUGGAUGAGAUUCGUUUUGCUAAAGCCGGCAGAGGACCUUUGGUAAAAACCUAUAAAUAUGAUCCCACAAAACCACGACCAGCUACGAGCAUACAAGCACAAGCUAAAAAGAGUAGUUAAGACCAGAAUAUAGACAUUUAUGGAGAAAUUGCUUCUGUAAAUAUGGAAUAAGUUGUUGUAUUAAGUUUUUAUUAGAAAUAAAACAAAACUAUAAAAAAAGUAA